UUCCGAUAUUGACAUUAUACGUCAUUGUCUAUUUUUUGUUUGGUGUCGCAGUAGCUAAAUUACCGUACAAAAAAGCAAAUCAUGCCUAAAACUGGAAAGAAACUUGAAAAUAAACCGGAGCCAUUGAAAAGUUCUAAACCGGAAUUGGCAACAGAUUCCGAACAGAAUGUUAAAAUUUUAAAAAAGGUGGAUUCAGAAGGAAGUAACCAGAAAAUACCACCACGCUUACGUCGUAACAUGGAGCGGGUGGAAAUGUUGGCACGGCCAACGGCUCGUCGCCUGCGCUCUUUAUGGGACGAAAAAUGCGCAAUUUUGCCUCCCGAAAGAAGAGACAAGAUUAAAAGCGCUUUAGAAGAAGAUUAUUUUCUUAGUCCCGAGCAAACUGAACAGUAUUUUCAAGCGUUGAGUGAAUCUUCGAAACGUUGGUCGGGACCAGGCGGAACGGUGACCCGCAAGGAGCUAAUCGAUAAACAAAAAGAGCUUCAGCAACGACAGAAAUGGCUGGUUAAUUUCAGCGCACAGGUGGCAUACCACUUGUGUGAUUACAUAGCAAAAGGUCAAAAGGAGAUGCUAGUAUCGAACAGAUUGAGAAGCAUUGCUGACGUUGUGCUGGAGAGAGUCGCUGAAAUAUUGGGAGAACCGAAACCGUCUCGGUCGAAUCCAGGACGUCUAGCAAGAUUUAUGGUGGCUAUUUCCGAUCGCAUUGCUGUCUGGAUUGAAAACGCAGUGUAUCGUGCCGAUGCACUCGAAGCCUUAGAAUACGAUGGGCACGAUGAACACAUGAGACUUGAUGCCGAGAAGCCUUUCUUUUAG